GUGUAGUUUGUUUUUUUUUGUUGGGGGGGGGCGGGUUCAUUUCUUCUGAGUAAUUCUAUCAUCAUCUCUCUUCAAUUUCUUCAUCCAUCACCCACCCCAGCACCCAAACCCAAGCGUGUGAUCCAAGCUAUUUCCAUUUUACCCCCAUUUUUAAAAUUUUUGUAUCUUCUUUGUUCCAUUCAUAAUUUCAUAUUAUAAUUAAAUCAAAUCAAAUAAAGAAAAGAGAAAAGGGGAAGAGGAUUUAAUUUUUGGAUUAAUUGAUAGUCUUAUUAUAGGUGAGCAUGGUUUCUAUUCUAAGGACUUCAUCGUUUGGGAGCAGUGCUAGUAAUAGUAAUAGUAGUAGUAGUAGUAAUUAUAAUAGUAAUUCCAAGACAUUGAAUUAUAGCCAUUCAUUUGACCUUCCUGAUAAUCAUCCUGAUAAUAGUGAUGAUGAUCUUGAAGCCGGCGCCGGACGUCACCUCCGGGGAGCAAUGCUGCCGUUUUUCCUCCACGAUUUGAGACGAAAUAAUAUCCAUACCCCGGCCGUUCCCGCCGGCGGUGAGGAGGAGUUAGUGGAAGUCACGCUGGAGGUGGGCGGCGACGACAACUCGAUAGUGUUGUACAGCGUUGCUCCGGCGGCUUCCGCCGGUGGUGGAUUGAGAGACAACAAUUUUAACGGUGAUCAGAGUAAUUCAUUUAUUUCCAGGACUUCGUCGAAAGUGAGGAGGACAUUCUCUCGGUUAAGAUCGUUCGGUUCCCGGGCUUCUUCGUCGUCGGAUUUGGAGGAAGAUUCCCCGGGGACGGCGGCGGUGGAUAAACGAGGGGAAAUGAGAAUGAAGGCCAAGUUAUUGAGGACGAAAUCCAGCGCCCAGCGAGCUCUUAACGGGCUGAGAUUCAUCAGUAAGAAUACCAAAGAUUCCGACGACAUGGAUGAGAUGUGGCGAAACGUGGAGCUCCGGUUUGAUUCCUUGGCCAAACACGGUUUACUUUCCAAACAUGACUUCGGUGAAUGCAUAGGUAAUACUCGUAAAUUAUAUAUAUAUAUCCACGUUAACUUUUUGCUUUCAUUUUUUACGGUGAAUUUAUUUACUGGAUAAUUUUAUAUAUGAAGGGAUGGGGGCGGAUUCGAAGGAGUUCGCGGCCGGGUUGUUCGAUGCUCUGGCGAGGCGGCGGCGGCAGAAGGUGGGGAUGAUCAGCAAGUCGGAGUUGCAUGAGUUUUGGUUGCUCAUUUCCGACCACAGUUUCGAUGCCCGUCUCCAGAUUUUCUUUGACAUGGCGGAUAGCAACGAAGACGGAAGAAUUACAAAGGAUGAAGUAAGAGAGUUAAUAGUGCUGAGUGCAUCUGCAAAUAAGUUGUCCAAAUUGAAGCAACACGCUGAAGAGUACGCUGAUUUAAUCAUGGAGGAAUUAGACCCAGAAAAUCUGGGUUACAUUGAGUUAUGGCAGCUAGAAACUCUACUUCUACAAAAGGACACCUACCUGAACUACAGCAGGCCAUUAAGCCAAACAAGUGUGGGCUACUGGAGCCAGAACUUGGCCCAUAUUGGGCCCAAGAACGCCAUCAUGCGCAGAUUAAACUCUGGUUUGAAAUCCCUGUUCUUGGAGAACUGGCAAAGAGGUUGGAUUUUGCUGGUUUGGGUAAUGGCCAUGGCUGGAUUGUUCACCUGGAAAUUCAUUCAGUACAGAAACAGAGCAGCAUUUCACGUGAUGGGUUAUUGUUAUACUAGUGCUAAAGGUGCUGCUGAGACAUUGAAACUCAACAUGGCCAUCAUUCUUUUACCUGUUUGUCGAAACACUCUGACUUGGCUUCGAUCCACUAGAGCAAGGUUGUUCAUCCCUUUUGAUGACAACCUCAAUUUCCACAAGAUUGUAGCAUGGGCUAUAGCAAUUGGGAUAAUUGUUCAUGUUGGAAAUCACUUGGUUUGUGAUUUCCCUCGGUUAAUUCAUUCAACUCCAGAGAAAUUUGCGCUAAUAGCCACGGAUUUCAAAAAUGUAAAGCCAAGCUACGCGAGCCUAUUGACUAGUGCGGUAGGAAUCACUGGAAUUUUAAUGGUGAUUCUGAUGAUCAUGGCAUUCACAUUGGCAACAAGAAUCUUUAGAAGGAAUGCAGUGAAGCUUCCAUUUCCGUGCAACAGAUUGACGGGCUUCAAUGCAUUUUGGUACUCUCACCAUCUUCUUGGCAUUGUCUAUGUCUUGCUUCUUAUACAUGGAACAUCGUUGUUCCUUGUUCAUGGAUGGCAGCAAAAAACGACAUGGAUGUAUCUUUCUGUUCCACUUUUACUCUAUGCCUCAGAAAGGAGCCUGAGAAUGUGUCGGUCCGAGCACUAUGAUGUUAAAAUCUUGAAGGUUUCAGUUCUCCCUGGAGAUGUUUUCAGCUUGAUCUUGUCGAAACCGAAUGGGUUCAAGUACAAAAGUGGGCAGUAUAUAUUCUUACAAUGCCCAUCAAUCUCUCCAUUUGAAUGGCAUCCGUUUUCGAUAACUUCGGCGCCUGGAGAUGAUUAUAUCAGUGUUCACAUUCGAACGGUUGGAGACUGGACUCAAGAACUAAAGCGAGUUUACACACAGGUCAAUGCUUCCACUGCAGUCAAUGAUUGUGCAAAGUCCGGACAGUUGGGAAACAUUGAAGAGAACAGAAUGCCGCGGCUGUUGAUAGAUGGGCCGUACGGUGCACCUGCACAAGAUUACCAGAACUAUGAAGUGUUGCUUUUGGUUGGACUUGGAAUUGGAGCAACACCUUUCAUUAGUAUUUUAAGGGAUCUACUGAAUAACACAAAAACUGAAGAACAUGGGAUGCAAGAUUCAUAUUCAACAACAGAAACCAAUGCAUCAGACAGUUCAGGAAGUAUGACUAGCAUUGCAUCUUCAAGCACUGUAUCAACAGUAAAAAAGAAGCCACAAAGAGCUAAAACAGCCCAUUUCUAUUGGGUUACAAGGGAACCAGGAUCAUUCGAGUGGUUCAAAGGUGUCAUGGAUGAAGUUGCCGAGAUGGACCAUAAAGACCAGAUUGAGAUGCAUAACUAUCUUACAAGCGUUUAUGAAGAGGGCGAUGCUAGAUCAACUCUCAUCACCAUGAUCCAAGCGCUUAACCAUGCCAAACAUGGUGUAGACAUUUUAUCUGGCACCAGAGUAGGAUUUGUUAUUCCCUUAUAUUAUCAAGUCUUUUCCAAUAGCUUAAUUACCACAGCUAUUCAAGAAUGUUUUUAACAAAAACUACUAAGAUUUACUGCUCUUUUUUUCAGGUAAGAACACAUUUUGCAAGGCCAAAUUGGAGGGAAGUAUUCAAGAAAAUCGCAAUGAAGCAUCCGUAUUCCACAGUAGGUAAUAAGAUUCAGUACUCAGCUACAUUAUCCUACAAAAUGCAUAUUUCAACAUUGCAGAUGUAGAUUAACAACAUCUAUUCGUGAAAGAGUUUGAACAAAUGUACCACCUGAUAUAAUGGAAAGCUUGGCAAUGUGGCAACAGGGUUAAUGGCUUAAAGAUUAAAUUGAUAAUAAUAAUAAGAGGACACACAAGCAGAUUCUAUCUGUGUCUUUUAUGAAUAUGUUAUCAGUGACUGGAAAAUGGAAUGUCUAUUACCAGGUGUAUUCUACUGUGGGAUGCCUGUCUUGGCAAAGGAACUCAAGAAGCUAUGCCAUGAGUUAACAUGCAAAACAUCAACACGUUUUGAGUUCCACAAGGAGUACUUCUGAAUCUGUGACAUUUAGCAGCAGAUCAUGAAGGUGGAGACAUUCUUUUCUUGUAUCUAUGGAGAAACAACAUAUAGGAUACAGAACACACCAUACAAUCAAAUGUAAAUUCAUAAGCAGAUGGAAAUAUAUAGACAUAUAGCCAACUCAUGUCUAGUUUCUAGAAGAAGGAGCAAAGUUUUGAUGCUUAAUUCAUAAACUGUGAGAAAUGUGGGGACGUCCUGUCAUUUGUACAAACUCUGUCUACAUGAAAUGAAUGAAUCAAUGAACAUUAAGCAAGUAUACUCAUUGGCCACAAUUUUCAGAAGAAGCUUGUAUUUGGCCUCUUUUGCCUUGUUAGAAUUCAGCAGUCAUAUUCUAUUUUGUAUUCUCCAGCUCUACAUACUGUAAAUGUCUGUUGUAGUGUUUGGUCAGUUAGCACCAAAUUCAGGAGUUAUUGUAAGAGUUAAUUGCAUUGUAGCCCAUGUACAUUCAUCAAUCAUACUGCUGUAGACAUAAUUCACUAACGUUUUACCUUCACCAACCGAUAAAGGCAAGGGAAUGUGCUCAGGAGUUUCAGCAGAAGGUUGCUAGAAAAUAAAAGCAGGCGGAAGGCUUUUUUUUUUUUUUUUGGUGCGGGAAUUUGGUCUUGAUAUUUGAAGUUCAACUCUUUGCUAAUUAUAACAGUUGUACAACUGGAU